CCAUCGCGCAGCCUUGCGAGCGCACUCCUCCAGGGUGCCAGGCUGAUAGGCAACCCGCUUUGCGACCGACAGAGUCCUCCCCCAGGGCUCUGAUCCGCGGCGCAGACCUGGCGCAGCGACGCCCUCGUGCCUGAGCGGAGGCUCUGUGAGCCAUGGCCACUGCAACCCAGCUCAUGCCUUCCCCGACCACGGGCCUGAAGUCUGCUUUCAGCCCAUAUACCGACUCGCCCAGCUCCCCGGCCACCUUUGCCCAGGUCUUCUCAAAUAGGUCCUCCGGAACCACGUCGGACCACCUGGUUCCGCCGCCGAGUCCCUAUCCUGCCACUGUCGACCCCUCGCCCGUCGACAGCAAUGGCACGAGCGCAACUGAGAUCGAGGACGAUGCGCAGGUGAACCAGAUCAGCGAGGACGAGGCGAGCGAUGUCAAGUCGCCAGAUGUCGAGGACAUCAUCAGCCCGGCGAGCCAGGACAGCCGCCAGGACAGCCAGGCAAAGCCGUCGAAGCUGGACACCGACCUCCCCCCGCGGCCGCGCGCCGACUCCGACGACGCGCCCCAGUCGGUCAUUCAUGCGCCGGCAAACUUCAAAACAUUUAAUCGGGCGAGCGUGUCAGCCGCCUCUUCAUAUGAAACUACGUCGGAUCACACUGCUGUGGUGUCGCCGCAAACGCCAGAAGCAAACAUGAUCCUCGACGACAAGCAUUCUUCCACCUAUACUUAUCCGAUCGACACUACCGUUCCUGGCCCAAGCCCCGCCGACCGCACAACCCCUCGCGCGCAGACGCGCCAGGACUACGAAGACGAUAGCAAGCGACGGAGCACGCGCGUUAGCGUCAGCCUUGCCGAUAUUGCUGAGACAAAUGACGAUACCGCUUCGGAGAGCCUCUCGAGCUCCAUUAUUGAGCAGGAUGAAAGCAAGCCGCAGUCGCAAAAUGGAGAGACGUCCGUGUCCAUGGGCACCCAGACCAUGGGAGACGUAUUGCGGGACAUCAACGAAACGGAACGAGAAGUUGCAGCCCUCCGCAAUGCCCUACACGAAUGCUGGACCCUGUGUAACACGCUCGCGAAACUUAGCCAAUACCACCGACAUAGAAUGUUCCACUACUCGGGUGGACGGGGCGAUAUACAAGAGCAUGCCUGGAGAACCUGCUGGCGAUUAUGCCAGAAGCUCUACGAAAGCAGGGAUGAGGAUCAUACCACCGAGGUCAAGCCAACGUUAGAACUGUGUCGGGAUUUCUGCCAAGCGCUUUUUGAGGUGCGACAGCGUGGGGACGAAGCAGCCGACUCGGUGUUGAGGGUUAGCUUCGAGCUAAACAACCAUCUCUACAACGCUCACGAUCGGAAUCUCCCCGAAGCGUUUCGUGAACGCACUCUGGACUUCUACCUGACCCUGUGCCAUCGGUUGAUGAAGCAGAGGACAUCACUACCCGAGGAGACAGACGCACUGCUUCAUGCUUGUUGGUCCUUAGCGGAGAUGCUAUUUAGCAUUCGCCACAACAGCCGCGAUGGCAAACCUGCCGACGAGGAACUCCUAGGAUCCGCCAUCCAAGCGUGCUGGGAGCUGUGUGACCUGUUCCGCGAAGGCUGGACACAGGUGCGGCCCGAACGCGGGACCCCGCGACCAUCUCAAUACACGUUCGUUGCAGCGGCCGCCCCCGCUUCUGUGCAACAAUCCCAGGCCUCGCUUUCCGAAAGGUCUGGACGUUCAUCCAGCCUGAACCAAUCAUACCAUUCAGCCGUAUCUAUACGGAAGCCACUUGUACACCACCCAGAGACGCCGACCACCAUCUUUGAUGACCGCGAGGAAUUUUCACCCGCCGAGGAGCCUAAUGUGCCGAACAUCCUGAUCCUGGGACCAGAGGCUGGGCAGACACGCACUCAUGACCGCUGGUCAUCUUCAGCCUCCAGCCUGUCAACAUAUUCUGAUACCUCACAAUCCGUGCACAGCUCCUCGACUGCCACUGCAGGCCGCGAAGACCCGAAUCUUGUCCGUCUAAAAGGGCUUAUCACUAAGGCGGCUAUCAACAUCGGUUACACACGCCAGAUACCACUUCCCGACUUUGUUCGCUCUCUUCCGUCCGACAGUUUCGGGUCAAUCCCUUGGGAGAAGAAGCUCUUCGACGAUUACAGAAAGCUUGUGCUCACCGAUCCAACGCUGAAGGAUGUCCACAUGAAGCCACUGCGCAGGCUCACGGCCAGCGAGAUAGGCCGUGCAGUCCAGUGGAUGUCAAAGAGCGACCAAUUCAAUUGGUUAAGGGAACUGUUUCGCUUUGUUUUUGGGAACUUCCCCGAGGAUGCUGCUCAACGAAACCUGAUCAUCAACGCAUAACGCCAUAUUAUCUCCCAUCUUACCCUCCCUCGAUGGCCUCUCCAAGCACCUGGCUUGGAAUUCUCGUUUCGUAUACUAUUGGCUCGGUUUUUUGGUCGAUUUCCGGUGCGAUAUACCCCCACAACAUUCUUUUUGGUUGCGAUCAUCUGGUCUAGAAUCUUUGUUUGGG